AUGUUCCGAAACAGCCUUAAGAUGCUGCUGGGAGGCAAAAUCCGCAAGAACAACAAUGGGGCCAGCAGCAUUGAGUCAGAGGGGUCAGAGAUCAGGAUGAUUGAGGGGUUCACUCGUUCUCUUCCCUCCUCCCCCCUCCUCAACCUCCGGCUGGGCAAAAGAAGUGGUGAGGACGAGGAGUUGGGACCUCCUCCCUCAGUGGACGAGGCGGCUGACGCUCUGAUGACCAGGUUGGGCUUCCUGCUGGGGGACAAGAUAAUCAGUGGAGAGCCGGGGUCCCCUUACCAUGCCCAGGACGAUGCACAGAGGACCUCUCCUUCCUCCAGUCUGGCCAGUAGCAGCACCUCCCCCUGCUCUACACUGCAGCCCCCUGCUGGAGGAGAAGGCAACAGCGACAACAAGCAUGUCUCCUCCAACAAUGCCUCUGUCACCUCCCCCACCUCAACACUGGAAAGCAGGGACAGUGGCAUCAUAGCCACGCUAACCAGCUAUUCUGCAGAGUCAGCAGCAGAGCAGUACAACAGCACAAAAUACCCGGGAGAUGGUUACCAUGGGAGCAGCCUCCACCUCUGGCCGGCAGGUGGCCGGCCGGUGGUCUCCACCUCCUCGUCCUGUAUGGUGGCAGUGGGAAGCGUUAACGACCGCUUUCUAUACAGGGUGGACGACAACAUUGCCGCCUCCACUUACAGCCUCAACAAACUCCACCCAGACCAUGGCUCUGUCGCUGCACGGUCUUUGGGCUCCACCCACUCCAUACCUGUCUACCUCAUGCCCCGCCCCAAUUCAGUUGCUGCCACUAGUUCUGCCCACCUUGAGGAUCUGGCUUAUCUGGAUGAGCAACAGAAUCAAAUCCCUUCAAGGACAUCCCUCAGAAUGCCCAGACAGAAUUGUGGGAGUCGUAGUCAACAGGACCACAGAGUUCGUUUUACUCCCUCACUCAGCCUGAAGCCCCUGCACUUUGAGGUUCCCGGUCUCUCAUCUGAUUGGCUGUUCACUGGCAGGGAGUGGCUCUUUCAGGAAGUACAUGCGCGUCUCUGCAGCGAUGACCCGUCAACCAGUCGGGGCGUGGUGAUCUUCGGCAGCAUGGGCUUCGGUAAAACAGCCAUCAUUGCCCGACUGGUGGCGCUCAGUUGUCAUGGAAACCGAAUGUGGCCUACUGCUGCUCAGAGCCAGAGCACUCCAAAACAUGUAGCACCUGUUUCUCUCUCCAACGAUUCCCUGGGAAGAGGAGGAGGAAGAGCAGAUGAAGGAGGAGGAGGAAGCUGUCCAGGAACUCCAGAGAUGAAGAGGAGACAGGAGGAAGCCCUGAGGAAAAUUGCAGGACAGGUAGUCUCAUAUCAUUUCUGUCAGGCUGACAACAGUUACACUUGUCUGGUUCCGGAGUUCGUCCACAACAUGGCGGCAAUGCUAAGUCAUGCACCUCAACUGCUGGCCUAUCAGGAGCUACUGCACCAGUCGCCGCAGCUACAGAGCACGCUCAGUCUACGCUCCUGCAUCCAGGAUCCAAGCUCUGCCCUCCAGAGGGGAAUACUGGAACCGCUCGAAGCUCUCCACAGAGAGAGGAAGUUGCACGUGGAAGGGGCAGGGCUUAUUGUAUUGAUUGAUGGGUUAAAUGAGGCAGAAUUCCACCGGCCAGACUACGGCAACACACUGACUUCCUUCCUGUCCCAAAACGUCCCAAAAUUUCCUCCCUGGUUGAAGAUCAUCACCACUGUCAGGACCAGUCAACAGGACAUCACUUGUUCUCUACCUUUUCAUCGCAUCUCUCUGGACAAUAUGGAGGAGAGCAGUGCUAUAGAUCAAGACCUGCAGGGUUACCUGAUGCAGCGUAUCCACAGCAGCAGCGAGAUCCAGAGCAACGUGUCGCUGAGUAAUGGCCGUUUUGACAACGCGGCACUCACCAAACUGAUCAGCCACCUUAAGAGCCUGAGCAAAGGCUCAUACCUCUACUUGAAACUGACACUGGACCUGAUAGAGGGUGGAUACCUGGUCCUGAAGAGCUCCAGCUUCAAAGUGGUUCCUGUCAAUCUAGCAGAGGUCUACCUGCUGCAGCUCAACAUGCGGUUUCCCACCCAAUCGUCUUUUCAGAGAGUUCUGCCGUUGCUUAACAUCGCUGUGGCAUCUCUGCACCCACUGACCGACCAGCAGCUGUUUGAGGUAGUGAACGCUGCCGCUCUGACUGGAGGAACGCUGCAGUGGGACGAGUUUUCACAGCGCCUGGAGCAGCUCUCGCCGUUUCUCCUGAGGCGGAGCGACGGAAGCUGGAUGCUGAACCACGCCUCCUUUAGAGAGUGGCUGGUUUGGAGGGAGGAGGGGCAGGAUGACAGGUUCCUCUGUGACCCCAGGAGUGGUCACACUCUUUUGGCCUUCUGGCUCUGCAGACAAGAAGGGAAGUUGAAUCGACAGCAAACUCUGGAGCUGGGACAUCACAUCCUGAAGGCUCAUAUCUACAAGGGUCUGAGUAAGAAGCUUGGGAUUUCCUCCUCAGUUCUACAGGGGCUGUGGCUGUCCUACAGCACAGACAACCUGAGCCCUACUCUGUCAUCUCUUCGCAACCUCUACACCCCUAACAUCAAGGUGAGCCGGUUGCUGAUCAUGGGAGGAGCUGAUGUGGAUUCCCUUAGUGGCGUCCUUAACAACGCCCCUCUAUUGUGUGUGCACUCCCAUCUGGGCCACAAGGAUGCCGUGGCACUGCUGCUCGAUCAUGGAGCUCAGGUGGAUUCUCAGUCACAUGAUGGUUUGACUGCACUGGGAUUUGCUGCUGCUGCUGGACAUAUGGACAUUGUCAUCAUGCUGAGUCAGCACAGAGCUAAGGUGGGUCAUGUGGACAACUCUGGUCAGUGUGUGUUGGUGCACGCAGCUCAGCGAGGCCACCUCAAGGUGCUGGACUUCCUGUUGAAUCGUGCGGACUGGAGCUGCACUUCCUGCUGUGGCCAGCGGGGAGCAAGCAAGACCCAUGCAGUGCAGCAAGCUCUGAUUGCAGCAGCCAGCAUGGGCCACACAGAGAUGGUGUCGUAUCUACUAGAUCUUCCAGAGGAAGAUGAGGAAGAGGAGGAGAGACCUGAGAUUAACACAUCUGACACUCUGUGGGGAGAGACAGCUCUAACAGCAGCAGCAGGAAGUGGCAGGCUGCCUGUGUGCAGGCAGUUGUUGGAUCAGGGUGCUGCUGCCGAGCAAGGCAACAGGCGAGGUGUGGCUCCGCUCUUCAGUGCCGUGAGAUAUGGCCACUGGAAGGUGGUGGAGUUGCUACUGAAUCAUGGGGUGGAUGUGAACAUGAUUGAUCAACAGGGUCGAACAGCUCUAAUGACGGCAGCCUCCGAGGGACAUAUGCCCUCCGCACAGCUGCUGCUUGAACAUGGAGCCUCUCUGGACCAGAGCGACAGGGAGGGGUUAACAGCGCUGAGCUGGGCAUGUCUCAAAGGCCAGAUACCCUUGGUCAGAGAGCUGGUGGAGAGAGGUGCAGCCACAACUCAUGUUGACCGCAGUGGACGAACACCUCUGGAUCUCGCUGCCUUCCGUGGUGACCCAGAAGUGGUGCAGUACCUGGUAGAUCAUGGCGCACUGGUGGAACACGUGGAUUGCAGUGGGAUGCGUCCUCUUGACCGAGCGGUCGGCUGCAGAAACACUUCGGCUGUCAUCGCUCUACUCAGAAAGGGAGCCAAGAUAGGACCAGCAACCUGGGCCAUGGCAACAUCUAAACCGGACAUCCUAAUGGUUCUGCUCACUAAACUGAUUCAGGAAGGAGACAAACUGUACAAGCAAGGUAAAGUGCGAGAAGCUGCUCAGUCCUAUCAGUCAGCACUUCAGAAGUUUCCAGGGGACGAGCUGAAGACAUUCAGACAGCUGAGAGUGUGUGUGCUGCUCAACCUGUCACGGUGCCGUCGUAAGAUGAAUGAUUUUGACCUUGCUGAGGAGUUUGCUACCAAAGCACUAGAACUAAAAGCUCAAUCCUAUGAGGCCUUUUAUGCCAGAGCCCGGGCCAAACGCAGCCGCAGACAAUUUCAUGCAGCCCUGGAGGACCUAAUUGAGGCCAGCCAUCUGUGUCCAUCUAAUCGGGAGAUCCAGCGUUUGCUGUCCCGGGUCAAGGAAGAGUGUCGGCAGGAUUCUCAACAACAAGAGUCUCCCCGUCCUUCAUCACACCAUGCUUAUGAACAUAAUGUGUCCAUCAACGAGGCCAGGUGCAGAGAUUCAGGUUGUCUGCAGGUGCAUGACAAGGAGGGGCUUCCAGAGGAAGAGGAGGAAGAAGAGACGGUAGACGAAAGGGUUGACAGUGAAGGAGAUCCCCCUCCACGCUCCUCCUUCCACCCUCCUCCUGUGGUUGAAAGUAUUGACACUCACUGUCGGCCUGCGAUGUCAUCACCCUCCUCCCUCUCCCCUACUCAACUGUAUCAUCACCUCUCAAGUCCCAUCCACUCUCCUUCCACUUCAGCCUGUCAUUCUGCUCCUCAUCCUCCUUCAUCCUCCUUUCACAAUUUCAGUCCUCCUUCCUCCCCAAAACAGCAUCAAGCCAGCCCAAUGUCAGAAAGUAUCACUGCAUUGUCAGGGAUUGGUGUGCAACACUAUCCACACUCUUACUUAGCUCUCCACCACUCAGACCAGAAACAGGGAGUGCAGCAAUACCACUUUUUGUCUGAUCAGAGAUCACUUCAGAAGCAGAACCCUGCACAAGGUCAAUGGCUUCAACCAGCCAAAGCCCAGGUUGUUAGAACCAGUCAGCCUAGUUCUUCAACCCACUCCAGCAUGGUUUUGGGAAGUUCAGCUUACUCACAGUUUGCCUAUCUGCCCCGAGAAUUGGAUGAACUGGGAGACGGAAUUUGUUCCAGUCUCCUAAAUGUCAGGCCUAGCCUGCAGGUCCAGGCUGGUCUUAAUUCUGUAGCUUCAUAUCCACUUGAUGAUUUAGAUGUUGGCUUGACUUGCCAGUUGAGACCUGCAUCUGGCUUUGGGAGAGGAGCAGGAGGGGAAAUGGUGGGGAACAACCGGUUCGCCCAGGCCCGUCAGUUCAGUCGCAACCAAUCGAAAGCAGCUUCCUACCCCAUGGAAGUUACAGAGGCAACAAUGGGACCGCCUGAAAGCCUUCCAUCAUUGCAUGAUUAUCAGUACCAUGAUCAGGGUGGGCUGCGACGUCCACUUAGCACCCAUCCAACCUCAUCCACUGUCUCCUCCACCAGGCCUCUCAAUCAGAGUGUCAGUAUCUGUUUCCCCACCACCAGCAGCAGCCUCGCUGGUGGGCAGCCAGCUAAUCAUGGAUCAGGCUUCAGGACCUCGGCCUCAACACAGCACAUGGAUUUACCUUCAGAGCUUGCCUCUGUUGGAGGGGUUACUGGUUAUCAUGAUGAUCUCUUUCUGAUCUCUUCCCAGUCAGAAAUAUGUAUGACAGGAGGUGGGACUUAUCCUGGGGAGGGAGGUCGGUCGUCAAGGAGCACUCCUUUUAUGGGCGUUAUUGACAGGACAGUGAGGGUGCAGCAGCAGUAUCAGCAACAAGCUCCUUCUAAUUUGUCAUCCUGUCUCAGCCCCUCACGCUCCUGGGCUGUGUCUUCAGUGGACACAGUGGUUACCACACCUGGUAAAACCCCACCCAACCAAGGAGGCUUCAGCCAACCACAGCCUUCCUCCAUUGCCUACCACAACCGCAGCAACAACAAUGCCCACAAUGGUCACAACCACCUUGACUACUAUGAGGUGCUGCCAAGUAGUGGUUCCAAAGGUGAGAGCUCGAUGCAGGUUGCUAGUCACAAUCCCUCUUACCUGGACGUGAAGCUGGCCCGAACACUGCCAGUGAUUCAUAGCUGCUCAGACAGACCAACUGAGAGAAAGACAGGACCUACCUCUCCUGUCAAACCAAAAAGACCCUUUGUUGAGUCCAAUGUAUAGAGAAAAGUUUAAGUGUUAAGUCAGACACAAGGGAAGAGGGUCAAUCGAGAUUGUACAGAAUACACUCCAAGAUUCACAGAAGAUAUGGAAUAUGUAAGGUUUGGCUAUGCUUGCCACUAAUUUAGAAGUUUGGUUUGUUUUUCAUGUGCUGUUGGUACUAAAUUAAGAGGGAAUACAGUUAUAGUUGUGGGCCAUACACACCCAGGCCCGCUGCUGCAAGAAGUAUGUAUACUUGUCAGAUUGUUUCAGAAAGAUGAGCACUUCAUGUGAAGCAUGAUAAGUUAAAUAUAUGAGUACAACAUGUAAAGCAUUUCUUCUUCUGUUCAGCUUUUUUGCAGGUGGUUAACAUACAAACCUGAUCUGUUGCAUUGUUAACCAGUCAAAGACAAGAACGAGUACAAAGGGAGGGAGGAAAACAUCAAAGUUCGAAGAAAAUCAAAGCACGAUGAGGAAAAGCAAGAUUAUGGAAAUUGUAAACACAAAAAAGACGGUUAUCUCUGAUUAACUUAUGUCUCUGGAAGUCCAUAUUACACUGCUCUGGAGUUUCUCUGCCAAGUUCAUGUUUGAAACACCAGGUGGUUAAAGUCAGACGCCACUUUGCUAUUGACGCCAUUAAUGAAGAUUUGCAUUUCAAGUUUGAAGCGCUUAAAUGACACAAUGACUGGAAACCUGGACACAUCCUUGCUCUAGAACUUGUGCCAGACAGAAGCUGGUCAGUUGAACUAGGAUUAUGCUGUCAUUGUAUGAGCACUGACUUACUGUUUAUAAAACAAAAGUAAGUGAUAUUUAUCUUUUUUAAGUUAUGUCUGUGUUAACCUAUAUGAAUAGUGUUUCAAUUUGGAUUUGUUGUUUUAUCUUUUGGAGUAAUUUUCCCUCAGAACAAAGGAAUGUUUCCAGGAGACAAAAAAAACAAUAGCAACAUUAUAGUACAGUUUUGUACAUUCUGGGUUAAGAACUCUUCUUGAUUGAGUAGGAUAUAAUUCAUUUACAAAGAUGAACCUGAAACAAUGCCUUUGAGAUUUUUGUAUGCUAUUAAUUCAUGUAGGAUUUUGUUAUUUUGUUUUUAUCAUGAAGGUUUUUUGUAUCCUGUGGUCACAUCAUUCCCAAACUGAUUUACCAGGGCCUUGAUGCGCAUUGCCAUGAAAAAAGUGCUUACAAGUCCCAUGAGGUGCCAAAUGGCUCCUCUUACUCUCAGUAAUUCCUUGAACAGUGAUUGUCCAGUCAUAGCUCAUCUUACUUGGCAAAACAUGUCCUAUCUAUGUCUGGAUUUCUCUUUACACAUUGAAACAGGUGCGAAUGGAGCGGUAGAAAAAUCAAUCCUCUACAUUUGAAGUCUUGUGAUGUUUCUUUGUUUUAGCCUUUUAAAAAAAACAAAAAGCAAGGAAUGGCUUGAUGUGCAAUGCAUUUAUCUGCUGUAAUGUUAGCUGUAAUCCAAGGACAUCAUUUUUUUUCUCACUCAUAGAGUCCAGUAAAGCUAAAAGUUAACAUUUUGCUUGAAACAAUUAAAAUCUAUAAACUAAGCAACAUAUCUAAGCAUAACAGUGUUAUGUUAGAAUCAAAUAACUGAUCAUACUUUGUGUUCCCAUCAUACUUAGAUUAACUAGUUCUAUACUGCCAUACAAAAACAAUUAUAUUGAAUUUUAAUGCCUCUAUCCCAGCGACAGCCUGUGACAACGGGCCUUGAGGGAAUUUCUUCAAAUUUGAUACAAACAUUCACUUUGUCUCAAGGAUGAGCUGAUUUGAUUUUGGUUCCCAAUGGUCAAGCUCUCAGGUCAAGUUUACGAAUUUCUUGAAUGGGAUAUCUGAAGAUCGUCUUGAGAACAUUUCUUCAAAUUUGGCACAAUAUUUCACUUGGACUCAUGGAUAAACUGAUUACAUUUUGGUCAAAGAUCACUCUGGCCUCGAAAAACAUGUUUUUGGCCUCUUGAAUGGAUUGAAAUAUGAACUAAUUAAAUGUCAGAAGUCAAAGGUCACUUUAUCAUGUAUGUAGCCAUCAGUUGCAUUUUAAGUCCCAUAUACAUUAAUCAAAUUCCAAAACAAUUUUCAUAUUUUCAGCUUCACAUUUCACAUCGCAUAAUUAACAGUUGAUGACAAAAACUAGCCUGCAUUAGUUUACCUUUGUCUAAAAUCAAGAAACCAUUGUUUCAAAAAUUAUUCAAAGACAACUGAUUGAUUAUCUGCUGUGAGAGAAUGGAAAGCUUGGCAUUUGUUGAAACAGUAACAAGAGGAAGAAGUGAGCAGUCAAUCAGCGCUAGUUUUCAAGAGGGUAUGACCGAUAAAUUAUAUUCAGAAAAUGGGACUAAACUUUGAAGUUUUUAUGUAUUUUAUGCACACGAAUGCCUGUUUUUUUUUUGUAAAUUGAACUUUACGUUUCUAAUAUAUCAGCAAUUCUCUACCAGUGUUGCUAGUGCCGAUGUAACCUAUGACCUCUAACCUCUGUCAGUCUCUAUGACCACUGCCCUUUUCUCUUUCUCUGCUCAGGAGUCUCCAGCUAUGAGAUGUUUUAAUACUUAAUCGUGCUGGUUCACAAGGCAUUUUUACAGUCUGGCUGCUGGACAAUGUAUAAUUGUAAUUCUGGACAGUUGGAUUAAUGAAGGAUUAUUAGCAAAUUGAUUGGAAGUCCAAGACUAUCAACAGCAUUGCUUGAAAUCAUUGACGAGCCACCUGGCAGAUGUGUAGUCUGUCAUUAAAACAGUGUGUUGUGCUUUAUAUGUAGGAUUUCAUCCCCAACUUAAGGGGUAUCAAGUUUCAAACACCACGUUGGAACAGAGCAGGGUCAGUGGUCCCUGUUACUCGUGUUACAUGUGUGCUUUGUCACUGUGUGUAAGGUCAUAUUUUAAACCCAGGACUGUUACAUCACCAUGUAAAUAAAUAUUAAGCAUUUAAAAUGUGUUUAUCGUUUCAUGUGAAAAGAUUGACUCCUAGAAUUAUAGAGGAAGAAUGCUGAAUGAAAGGCAGAUGUGUAAUUGUAUCUCUCGUGGGAUUGAAAGGGGGAAUAAUUGAGCUUGACUUGAUUGUUACAUGUGGUUACCCCAGAUACAUUCACAUUUCAC